AUGUCUGGGAAGCAUUGGCCCCCCGGGACACAGUGUGUCACCAAGCACGACCACACCAAGCCCAAGGCCCAGGAGCUGGCAUUCCGCAAGGGUGAUGUGGUCACCAUCGUGGAAGCUGUGGAGGGCAAGGGCUGGUACCGUGCCAGGCACAAUGAGACAGGGCAGGAGGGGCUGCUGGUGGGCAGAAUGCUGCGGCAGCGAGGAGCCAUCCGCGUCGACCCCAAGCUCAGCCUCAUGCCCUGGUUCCACGGGAAGAUCUCGGGGGCGCAGGCGGUGCAGGAGCUGCAGCCCCCCGAGGAUGGGCUGUUCCUGGUGCGCCAGUCCGAGCGGCACCCUGGCGACUAUGUGCUGUGCGUCAGCCGGGGCGGGCAGGUCACCCACUACCGCGUGCGGCACGAGGAGGGCACCCUCAGCAUCGACAGCCUGCACCACUUCUCCAACCUCAUUGAUAUGAUCGAGCACUACAUGAAGGAGCAGGGAGCCCUUUGCACCAAGCUGGUGAAGCCCAAACCAAAACCUGGAAUGAAGUCAGCUGAGAAGGAGUUGGCCAAAGCUGGCUGGUUGAUGAACCUGCAACACCUCACCCUAGGAGACCGCAUCGGGCAAGGCGAGUUUGGAGAUGUCCUGCAGGGCAGUUACAUGGGGCAGAAGGUGGCCGUGAAGAACAUUAAAUGUGAUGUGACCGCCCAGGCCUUCCUUGCAGAAACAGCUGCCAUGACGAAGGUCCAGCACAAAAACCUGGUGUGCCUGCUGGGGGUGAUCCUGCACAACGGCCUCUACAUCGUCAUGGAGUUCCUGAGCAGGGGCAACCUGGUGAACUUCUUGCGCACACGGGGCCGAGCCCUUGUCCCCGCCCGGCAGCUUCUGCUCUUUGCGCUGGACGUGGCUCAGGGCAUGGACUACCUGGAAUCCAAGAAGCUGGUGCACAGGGACCUGGCUGCCCGCAACAUCCUCAUCUCCGAGGAGAACGUGGCCAAAGUGAGCGAUUUUGGCCUGGCCCGAGUCAACCCCAAGGGCACGGAUGGCACUUUGCUGCCCGUGAAGUGGACAGCCCCAGAGGCCCUGAAACACAAUAAAUUCUCCUCCAAGUCAGAUGUGUGGAGCUAUGGAAUCCUCCUGUGGGAAACCUUCUCCUUUGGACGAGCACCCUACCCCAAGCUGAGCCUGAAGGAGGUGACAGAGCUGCUGGAGCAGGGGUACCGCAUGGAGCCCCCCGAGGGCUGCCCUCCCACUGUCUAUGCCCUGAUGAGAUGUUGCUGGGAGAUGGAGCCAGGCAAGCGUCCGUCCUUCAAGAAACUCACAGAGAAGCUGCAGAAGGAGCUGAAGCACCUGAGGGGUGUUUAGUAUGCAUCCCGCUCCCAGGACUUGUGGCCAGAAGCUGGGGUUGAGAGCAACACAGCAAGGGGCAGCUUGUGGUGCCAGUCUCUCCUGGUGGACACAGGGCAGCACUUGGGGACAAGGCUCUCCUCCCCUGGGAUGCUUGGACAGGAGUCAAGAACCUUCCUCCAUCCUGGCACAUGUCCACGCAGGCCAGAGAAGGUUCCCAUGAGGCUGAUCUUCCCUGACCCACCAGGGGCCAUGCCCCACAUGCUCAACCCUGGACAGUGGAUGCCCCUGCUGGUGAUGUGGGACAGCUCUGCUCACUGGAGGAUGAAGCCCCAGGCCCAAGGCAAACCCACUCCAGCCACCCAGCCCGCACAGGGACUCUGGGCACGACCAGCUAAGCCCCGGGGAUUUGGGCUUCUUGA